CUUCCGGGGCAUGCUGGUAGCCCCGCCUUAAAAGAAGAUGCUGGCGUGCAACUGAUGAUCGAUAGUUUGGAGGUUGGCCAUCUCUCGCCUAAAGGUCGUUUGUGGAACUACCCAGCUCUACUCCCAUUGUGGUGGAAGAGAACCAGCGACCCAGAAGAAAUUGAUGCCCCGGGGAUCGGAUACGACGAUGGGGAUAAGUGGAGACCAAGAAGAACGAGGGAGCCGCCGGAGGCAUUGCCCGUAAUUGUCGCUUCUCCUCUGCCUGAGCUCCUCGAUCUUCUGGGGAAUCUGUAGGGUAGGAUUGCUUGAAAGAUUGUCCUGCAUACAACGGCAUCCACGUUACCACGUGUUACAUCUAGGUAUAGUGCUUUUGCUGGCCACCAUGUUUGUGUUAGUAGAAAUGACAGAUACAGUACGAAUUCCUCCAUGGCAGUUUGAAAGAAAGCUUAAUGAUGCAAUCACUGAAGAGUUAAAUAAGAAGUUGGCCAAUAAGGUUGUGUAUAAUGUUGGCCUCUGUAUCUGUCUGUAUGACAUUACAAAGCUGGAGGAUUCCUACAUAUUUCCAGGAGAUGGUGCAUCACACACAAAAGUACAUUUUAGAUAUGUUGUAUUUCAUCCAUUUUUGGAUGAAAUUCUGGUCGGAGAGAUAAAAGGCUGCAGUCUUGAAGGUGUACAUGUUUCUCUUGGAUUCUUUGAUGACAUACUCAUUCCUCCAGAAUCUCUACAACAGCCUGCCAAAUUCGAUGAAACAGAACAGGUAUGGGUUUGGGAAUAUGAGACUGAAGAAGGAGCUCAUGACCUGUACAUGGAUAUGGGAGAAGAAAUUCGUUUCCGUGUGGUAGAUGAAAAUUUCAUUGAUACAUCCCCAACAGGCCCAAGCUCUGUAGAGCCUUCCACAUCUAGUGGCACUGAGGAGACACAGAAGAAAGAAGCACCCUAUACUAUUGUGGGAUCUAUCAGUGAACCCGGCCUGGGUCUCCUAUCCUGGUGGACUAACAGUUAACUGAAGGUAAAGAUGGACAGUUACACUGGAAAAGCCAGGAGAUGCCUUGGUCAACAGUUGCAGAAUGGUAACUUUUUUCCCCAUUUCUGCUUUAUAUUAAACCAAUCUGAUUGAGAUAUAGUAAAUAAAUGACUGUGCCUAGUGGCUUGUCAUCAGAACGUAAUAACUAUGCAUUAUAACUCUAGAACAUUACUGUAAUAAUCCUGAUGCUUUUAUCUACCAGAUCAGGAUAUAAGUGCCUGGGAAUGGUAUGUUAGCUGAAAAGAAAAAGAAAAGAGAAGACCCUCUAAAUUAAAAAGGUGCAAAGAAAUAUAUUCUGAAGGAUUGACCUCAUACUGCUACAGUUCAUUAUGAAAAUAAAUGUUAAAAAGGACUGAUACUGAAAAAGCACCACUUAAUUUUUUUGCCAAAGGAUGGAAGGGCUGCUUGUUUUUUAAAUUCAGACAGGUUAUAGUAAAAAUGUGGUAUAGCUAGGACAAUCAAGUUGCCUCUUCUCAGUUUUGUAACAAAUCAUCAUUUGGAAGGGUAACCACUGGGUAAAAUGAAUAAGCUGCUUUUCUGCCAGAAUUACAGUUAAAAUAGAAGAGAAUAUGUGUAGCUCAGGGAUGAAAUAUAGACUCCUUGUUCUCUGAGCUUUGUUUUUAGUUUGCACACUUUUCAUUAACCAAACAGUAGCAUUGGUAUUAACAUUAUCAGAUGAUACCUAGUUGGGUAAACAACCAAACUCUAGAGAGCAGCAAGGACUCCAUAUUACAGUCAGAAAUUCUGCUUUAUCCAGAAAGAAAACUUAUCUUUGUCUUAGAAAACAUACAAUCAUUAUUGUUUUUAGCAUAAAUACUGCAGAAAGACAGAUGACUUCCAGGGAUGUUCCAUUGAGAAGACAACAUAAACACACACACUUACUUCUAUAUGUUGCUAUAGCUCUUUUUCAACAAAAUAACUUAAUAUGGAAGAAACUCCCAUUUGUCACAUGUUAAGCAUGAAACAGGCCUAGACCAUUUUUAUUGCACUGUGAUAGAAAAUAAGAAUAUUAAAACAGUUCUAAUAUAUUAUCAAAAACAUCCUUUUAGAACACCUGGUUCUUGCUGACUGUAUUUUCUUACAAGUAAGCAUCCCAAAUUCUAAAAGUUUUCAUGCCGCUACAAUUCUGUGUUUGUGUAGGACUUUUCUACUCUUGGUGUUAGUUUUCUGUUAUGAUUACCACUGAGAUGCAGUGUUUUGCUUUAUAAUAUUGUGUAAUAAAAGUUUGCAGAAAGUCGGUAGAAUAAUGAAUAAGUUUAAAAUCUAGCUGGUAACUAUACUAGAGUUUUUCCCUGCUUUUCAAAGAAAGGAUUUUGGACUAAAAGUGAUGAUCUCUACCGGUAUUAAAUUUGCUACUUUUUUUGCUUGUUAUCCCUUGUUAUUUAAAUGUAUUUAGAAUUUUUAUAUUAUCCAUCAAAAUUUUGAUACUUCUUAUACAAAAUAUAAAAUUACUAAGAAUUGACAAUAAUUCUAUCAUUUUUCAGACAAUUUCUGUGUGGUAAUUGCUAUUCUAUACCGGAUCUAUUGGAACUGAUCUUUCAAUUGUUUAAAGACUGGGUUCCGUUAAAUUACUUCCACCUAUACCAUAUAGCUGCUCUUCCUUUGGCAAAUUUUUUUCCAUUGAUACUCAUUACUAAAUGCAGUCCUUGAGUCUGGAAUAAAUUACUGAAUACAGUGUAAUUCUGUGAUGUAUAUAUGUAUUUGUACAAACUGAUUCUGCAAAGCCAUUUAGCAAAAGAAGAGUUAAAAUGCCCUCUGAUGAUUAAAGCUUACCAUCUAUA